CUCUAACAGACAGUGUGGUGAAACCAGUGCCGCGUCUACGCAGAGAAUUACAGUAACUCGGUUUUCAGUGAUGAGUCAGAGUGCGUGGUGCUGAUGCUGCUGCCAUUUCAUCACCUUUGCGAGCACAGCAUCCAUCCCUUUGCUCCCCCAGAACCUGGGCCUACCUUGCUUCAGGCUACCAGGCCAGUGAUGCUCUCGCGACCAAUCUACAAACCGGUUGAUCUGCGAUAAGGCCUUGGUGGGGCGCCCCCUUCCGCCUCCCCAGGCUCGGGCCGAAGAGUCCUGCCAGGCCACGGCCAUGGAGGCCAUCUGGCUGUACCAGUUCCGGCUCAUUGUCAUCGGCGAUUCCACGGUGGGCAAGUCCUGCCUGAUCCGCCGCUUCACCGAGGGCCGCUUUGCUCAGGUUUCAGAUCCCACCGUGGGGGUAGAUUUUUUCUCCCGCUUGGUGGAGAUCGAGCCAGGAAAACGCAUCAAGCUCCAGAUCUGGGAUACAGCGGGUCAAGAGAGGUUCAGAUCCAUCACUCGCGCCUACUACAGGAAUUCAGUAGGUGGUCUUCUCUUAUUUGACAUUACCAACCGCAGGUCCUUCCAGAAUGUCCAUGAGUGGUUAGAAGAGACCAAAGUACACGUUCAGCCCUACCAAAUUGUAUUUGUUCUGGUGGGUCACAAGUGUGACCUGGAUACACAGAGGCAAGUGACUCGCCACGAGGCCGAGAAACUGGCUGCUGCAUACGGCAUGAAGUACAUUGAGACGUCAGCCCGAGAUGCCAUUAAUGUGGAGAAAGCCUUCACAGACCUGACAAGAGACAUAUAUGAGUUGGUUAAAAGGGGGGAGAUUACAAUACAGGAGGGUUGGGAAGGGGUGAAGAGUGGAUUUGUACCAAAUGUUGUUCAUUCUUCAGAAGAGGUUAUCAAAUCAGAGAGGAGAUGUUUGUGCUAGUUAACCCUUCCAUUUUCAAAAUAUACUCUCCCACUUGAACUUAAAAGUUGUCAAAAUAAAUAGAAUCCUUAUGUGACUGAAGAGAACUCAACCUUUGGAUAAAAAAAUGAGCCUUCUUCCUAGGCCUGGAUCUCUGACAGGCUCAUAUGUGGGUAGAUAGGGAGCCUGGGUUCUGUGACUGAGGGACUAAAUUGCUGACAUGGGCUGGACCAGACAUUGUUUUGUGGGCCAGGCUCAGCAAUGGCUGCUCUGUGUGCCCUUUAUGGACCAUAUAUUAAGGGUCUGGGUAUUUUAAAGUUAGGUUCCAGGAAAACACCUACAGACAGAUAAACAGUUCCUUGGUAUUACAACUUUUCAGACAUGGUGACCAUAAAGAAACAUAUAGAAGGAAAUCAAGUAUCAAAUUGGGGACAAUUAAGAUGACUGAAAAAAAGAGUAUGGUAUCAACUUAUUCAAUGAUAAUACCAUGCCAGAUGUGUGCUGGGUUUUGUACAAACACACCAAGCCACUUCUAACAGUUUAACUAUAAAAUGAAAAGCCCAUAUGACUCAUCUAUUUGGUAAAGCCCUUUCAAGGUCUAGCAUUCUACUAAAACUGCUGUGAAUAUGAAAAGGGAAGUCAUUCACACAUUAUUGUUACCACAGUUGAGAAAGUAUACACUUGCAUGAUAAAGUUACCAACUAUGUGAAAGAAAUUCUUCCAUGUAAAAUGAUCAUGUAAAGAGAAAAAUGAAACAUUGUAACUCAAAGGCCACAUUAUUUCCCCUCUGACCAUACCUGGACUUUCACUAUAUCAGGGAACCAUAAUCUGAAAGUAAGCAUACUGCUUGCUUCUUCAGAUACCUGACAGUGACAACACAGAGACUGUCUACAAAAACAAAGAAAAACCCUAAGUCAAACCCUUAGUCAUUGGUUCUAUGCUGAGUAUUUGUUCAACACAUAGUCCUGGCACCCUUAAAAAAUUCUGCAUAUUCAUUUAUUUCACUUCUUUGAUCACCAUAAUAGGACUGUGAGAUUUUUGACCCCAUUUUACAGAAUAAAAAAGCAAGAACCAAGCCUACCUGAUGCCUAGCUUUUUUCACUGGAUCAUUAUUCACAUGAAUAAGUGAUUAAUUCAUUAACCUUUGGAGACAUGUGACUAUAAAUAUAUUAUGUUCUCUACAUAAUAGAAUAUGUUUUCCUUGUUGUUUUACAGCUCAGCUAUAAUCUUGCAGGAAUCUAGGAAUGAAUCAAAGGUAAAGCCCACUCAGGUAUUAUUGACAAGAGGGCAUUAAAUAAGGGAUUAACUGCACAACUGAAAACACAUUAAAACUGUGUGGGUUAUAAAUGUUCUUCUCACCAACACUAUGAAUAUUUUAUUGAAAGGAACCAAAUACAAGAAUGGGGAGUGGGAUGGGGAUAAAGUACUCACCUCACAAUGACCUUGGCUACCUGUCUGCUAUGUACCUACAUUGGGCUCCUGUCUACCCGAGAGAGUCAGCUCUUAAUUCUCAGGUGAACAGACAGUUAACCACAUCAGCAAAUUUGAAUGGCUGACAUGAAAACUUCAUUAUCUUCUUAAAAAGAGGUGAUGCUUUAAAUUUCUUUUUGGAUUGUAGCCAGUUCAGCUAGGCAAAAGCCAUACUUUUCACAGUAAGAAAACUAUUCUGAUUAGAGUCAAGUUUCUUUUGUGGUAGAAAGAAUGGCAAAUUGUUUUUGCAAUAUCCUAUUCAAGUUCAAUAUGAAUAUGUGUGAAUCAGAAAAUCUGGAAAUUUGUUUCAGCUAAAAUACACCAAAUAAUAAAAAUUAUGAAAGAUUGUUCUGCCACCUUUGCUCCAACUUAUAUAAGCAAGUCAUUUUGGACCAGUUCACAUCAUCAACUGCAGGUAAAUGAUCAUUCUAUAAUCAUUUCACACAUUUUAAAUUGCCAACUUCUUGGUUGUAGAAGGCAAAUACAACCUUUUUUGUGGGAUAACACAAGAUUUCAACAGUGAUAGAUUGUUCUGAAAACCAAGAUUAUCCAGUGGAUAAAUUAGAGUUGAUUAAAUUCUUAUUGACUGGGGGGGGGGGGUUAGAAAUAAAACAUGUCUACAGUUUUCUUGACUAAAAUACAUUAUAUACUUUGCCAUUCCUAGCUUUUUAAAGUGGGUUUCAAAUUACACAGCAUAGAUGCAGCAGAGGUGGCUGAACUUGACUAUUUCCAUAAGUUUUAGAAAAAUCUCAAAAAUCAUUUUAGUAGAAUUCAGUGCUGUUGUCACUGCAAUAAGUGGGUUUUAGACAAUAAGUGUGAAAAAUCAGGUGUUCAUAAAAUACUAAGGAUAAAGCUUUAGAAGCUAUUUUACUACAUAGGUAAAGAAAAGAUUAACUGUAACAAUGAUCACAACUGCAUGUUGGAUUAGAUUGUCUUAUAUUCCAGAACAAAAUGUACUGUAUACUUUGCCUCACUUUGUUGUACACUGUAAUGAAAUGUGAAAAAUUCUUUAUUUAGAUGUAUGUGAAUGAAAAUAUGCUUGUAUUUAGUAAAAUGGUUGAUCAUGUGACUGAGA